AUGAAAGAAAUUGAGUCGAAUUAUUGGGAUGAUUAGAGUUAAAGGUUUUUGAAGAUAAAAUUAAAUACCUUAUUUAACUCAGAAAAUAAGAUCAUUUGCUCUAAAGAUGGGUAAAUUUUAAGAAUGUAUCAAUUUUCACAAUAAAGUGAUUACUUAAAGGAUCAUGUUAAUAAUGAAGAAGAACUAAAUAAUUUAGAUUAAAUUAAAUACCUGAGAUGGUUUGGAAAAUAAGGAGAAAAAAAUUAUAAAGUAGGUAAUUGGGAGGCGGUUUGGAAAGACCAAAUUCUGUCUGAUGUUGGAGGUUAUUACUCCAAUAAUGGAUAAAAAUAAGGUAUAUGGACAGAUCUAAUAAAAAUGUAUUGGAGGUAAUUGAUGAUAAUUUAUUAAUGUAUAGUGAAUCUCAGGUAUAUGAAGUUGGAGAAUAUGAGAAUGGUAUCAAAGUAGGAAGGUGGAAACUCCUUUAUGAUGGUCAAGAGAUGUAAUAACAUUAAAGUAAAAUAUAGUGGUGGUGGAUCAUACAACUUUCAAGGUAAUAAGGACGGUAAAUGGUUUGAAUUAAGUGAUAAUUUUUGGAAGUAUUUUUUAGUCAAUAAAAUACUAUUUUAGUAAAGGUUAAGUCAUGUAUUACGGAGAAUAUUUCAAUGGCAAAAAAGUAGGUCUAUGGGAUAUUUUGUAUAAAUCAAAAAAUGACAACAAUCUCUUAAAAUUCGUGUAUAUAUGAUUCUUAAUAUCAUUUUUUCGAAAUAGAGGCUGUGGAACUUACGCUUAAGAAAGAAAAUAUGAUAGCAUUUAAAUAAAUAUUAAGCAAGGAAGAUGGAUUGAAUAAAGUGAUUAAUUCUGGGAGUAUAAUAGUUUUUAAAAUUUAGUGAAGGUUAAAUUAUUCACUCUGGUGUUUACAAAGAUGGAAUAAAAGUUGGGAAUUGGGAUACUUUAUACAAAUCCAAUAAAUUAAAUUCAAAUUAUGAAUUAAUGUAAAAGAAUAUCAUAACUUUCAUAUCAAGGGGAGGUGGAUCUUAUGAACUAAAGGAAGGUGAUAACGACUUCUAUGAUCCAAUAAAGAGUGGAAGUUGGAUUGAAUUAAGUGAUGGAUUUAGAGAGUAUAAUAGCAAAUUCAAUAUAGGUUGAACUAAAUAAUUUAUACUGGAGUUUAUAAAAAUGGGAAAAAAACUGGCUAUUGGGACGUAUUGUUCAAGUCAAUCGAAGCAAAUUAAUUCAAAAAGAUGUAAACAUUUAAUAUCAUAAUCAUUAAUCAAGUGGCGGUGGUUAAUAUAUAAAUAAAGGCUAAAAUGAUUCAGUAAAAGAUGGUGAUUGGAUAGAAUUAAGCUCAAAAUUUAAUUCGUAUCUCAAUUAUUCACAUUAUAAGAUUUAACUAAUUGACAUAUAAUGGCAAGUAUAGAGAUGGGAACAAAGUUGACAGAUGGGAUGCCUUCUUUAAAUAAUAAGGAGAAAAUUACAACUUUUAUUUUAUGUAUUUUGCUAAUUUUUCUCUUUUAAUAGUGGUGGCGGAGUCUAUAGCAGUACUAUUAUUGAUGGUGCCACAGUCAAAAAUGGUAGAUGGGUUGAAAUGAGUGAUAGCUUUUGGGAGUAUCAAUAAAUUCUAUAGAGUAGACAGAGCGAAGUUACUUUGGAAGGGAAAUAUUAAUAUGGAAUAAAAGUAGGAAUAUGGAAGUCAUAUUUUAAAGAUAUUAUUACUAAAAAGAAAGAAUAAAUGUAAGAAAGUUAUUUGUUAUGCUUAUUAACCAGAGGUGGGGGCGAGUAUGUGAUUGAACAAGAUGGGAAUUCCUAAAAAUCUGGAAUGUGGAUAGAGUUGAGCGUUGGUUUUAGGUGGAGUGAUCAAAUUACUUUUAAUGGUCAAUAUUUAAAGGGAUAAAAGUUUGGCAAAUGGGAUAUGUAUAAUAAGAAGGGUGGCUAUUAAAAAUCGUAAUUUGAGUACAUGUAGGUAACCUAUUAAUGUUUCAAUUUAAUGAUAGUGGGGGAGGAUCAUAUGAUAUUAAACAGGCUAAUUUAGUAUUAAGUAGUUCAAUUAAGACUGGAAUGUGGAUUGAAUUAGAAGAUAAGUUUUGGCAGUAAUUUUAAAUCAUUUAUAAUAUUAGUUAAAGUGAAAUACUUUUAGUAGGUUAGUAUAUAAAUGGUUUAAAAGUUGGUGAAUGGAAAAUUUAAUAUAAAGAUGUGUUAGCUAAAAAAACUUCAAUUAUGUAUGUUUUAGGAAUAUAAUAUAUAAUUUAGUGGUGGAGGAUAGUAUAUAAUUACGAAACAAAAUAAUGGGUUGGAAAUUUCAAUUAAAUCUGGAGUUUGGAUUGAAUUAGCCCAAGAAUUCACCUAUAAUGAUUAAAAGGUACAUUUUGGGGAAUACGUAAAUGGUAAAAAAACAGGGAAAUGGGAUAAAAUGGAUAUAAAAGGAAAAAAUAUUAGGAAAAUGUAAAAUUAAUUCUUGA